CGUCAUGCAGCAACAGUCAUGAAGUAAUGGAGAACGCCAUCCUUGAUGUUCUACGGCAUCGUCACUUUCACAUUUCUCCUAAUAGUGGCAGCACGUGUGGAGGCGUCGACGUUGAGGUCACAAGAACGGCUCACGUCAUCUGGUGACGAGCGGCAACGCCGUCAUGAAGCGCGAGGCAGUAGACGGAUCAGGAAGCGGUUCGACUAUGAAGACAAUUACGACUGGGAUACUGACAAGAAAAUGUUGGACUAUGAGGUUGAAGACAAGGAGGAAACCUUGUUCCAGAAGAUGGCACGGAACUGGAAGACCGUCCUCCUUCGCUUCAUCUUCGUCUUCUCCUUCUUGAUCAUGGUCCUGUUCUGCUGCCGCUGCUGCUGCCGUCUCAUCUGCCCCUUCAUCUGUGAUGCUUGCACCACCAACUGCGACCAAUGUAUGGAGUGGUUCGCCCUCUACUGCUGUGGCAAGGAUCCAGCGUUUAAGAAGUUUAACAAAUUCGCAAAAGCCUUUGGUAUUGACAUAGACUAUGAGACGUUCCAGAAGAUAAAGAAAAACUAUGGGUUUGAGGGCAACCUGAUGGACUCCAGCGCUCAGCAGAAGGCCGCACAGAACUACAACUGAAAUAUUUACUGUAGUCCCGUGUCAUUUACAGAUGCACUGUAGUGACAGCGUGUAGUAUUGCCAGGAUCCACUAUCCACUGUGAUGACAGCGAGAAGUAUUACCAAGA